AUGGCAGCACCUACAGCAACAGGACAACCGACCGUGGCCGGCGCCGGCUCCGAUAGAAUAGACAAAGAACCGCAGCUAAUGCAUACUUCUACGAACAUCUCUUUGAGCCCAGAGCUUUUCGAGAAGCUAUAUUUGGCUCCGAAAGUCCCGCAUACGGCAGAUAUCGCUGGUAGAUAUGCAAAUGCGACCCCCUUGGGAUUUCUUGGCUUCGUUAUAUCUACAUUUACUUUCAGUAUGGUGCUGAUGGGAUGGGGUGGCGCAAGCGGACUACCUGCUGUUGCUGGUAUAUUUUUCUUCACAGGGCCUGUUCUCCUCCUUCUCUCCACUAUAUUUCUCUGGAUCCAGGCACAGUUCUUCCCAAUGAUGGUGUGCGGUCUAUUCUGUGUUUUUUGGCUAUCCUUUGGGCUUCUCCAAUUACCUACACUUGGACUAGCAGCGGCAUACUCGCCCACUGGGGACGCAGCAGCAGGGGUAUUGUCGAAAGAGAUGAACGCCGUCAUUGCGUUAUAUCUCUUAGUCUGGGGCUUCGCCUUGGGAACGUUCUGGUUGUUCACAAUUCGGAUCAAUGCGGUGUUCGCUGGGAUUUUCGGGUUCGUGACAAUCGGAUCUUGGGUACUCAGUGGUGCUUAUUGGGCAUUGAGCAAUGGGAAGCUUCAGAAGGCAUUGCGGUUGCAGAAGGCUGGUGGUGCUCUCCUAUUCAUCGUGGGAUUACUAGGUUGGUACAUGCUAUUCGUGAUCAUGGUCGCAGAAAUGCGGUGGUCUGUAAACCUGCCGGUCUGGGAUCUAAGCCACUACUGGAAAAAGACUGAUAUCGAAUUGGCAACGAUGGAGAAUGGGAAGAAUGACUAG